AUGGAUUUAGAAAUUAUUUCCCAACUAUUAACUUUGGUAAAUCAAGAAAGAUCGAGAUAUAAUCUACAACCUGUUUACUCAGACAGAAUUCUUAAUAUUUGUGCCCAACAACAAUCCACUUACCAAGCCGAUAUCGAUCAAAUGACACAUAACAAUCCAAGAGGUAACCUUACAAGAAGAACUAGAAUUUUGGGUGGUCAAUAUGUUUUGUGGGAGGAGAAUGUAGCUGUUGGAUAUAGAAAUGCUCAGGAGGUAAUGAGAGGUUGGAUGAACUCUCCUGGUCAUAGAAGAAAUAUUCUAAGUCCAAGUAUCAAUAGAAUGGGUUCCUCGAAAAUAAUUUCAUCCACUGGCAGAUCCUAUUGGACACAAUGCUUUGCUCAAUCCAAUUUCGAUUCAUCGCAAAUGUUCUCAUCAGAGAAUUAA